AUGCCCACCUCCCAGAUCAAGAGGAAGAAACGCCGGCACAGGACGGUGUUCACAGCUCACCAGCUGGAGGAACUGGAGAAGGCUUUCAACGAAGCUCACUACCCCGAUGUCUAUGCCCGGGAGAUGCUGGCCGUGAAGACGGAGCUGCCGGAGGACAGGAUACAGAGGGAGAAGUGCUGGGGCCGGAGCAGCGUGAUGGCUGAGUACGGCCUCUACGGGGCCAUGGUGAGGCACUCCAUCCCUCUGCCCGAGUCCAUCAUCAACUCUGCCAAGAGCGGGCUGGUGGGAUCCUGCGCCCCAUGGCUGCUGGGCAUGCACAAAAAGUCCAUGGAGGUGAGCAGGAAGGCGGAGAGCCAAGAGAAGCUGGCAGAUGGCUGGCGAGCGGAGCAGGAGGAGGAGGAGGAACUCAAAGGGAAGCAGGCCAAUUCCCAGAGGGGCUCCGACAAGCUUGGCCCCGCAAAAGAUUCGGAGGACACAGCCAUCGACCUCUCCAGGACAGCCAAGCACGAGAAGAGGGGUGUACUGAGGCAGUGCAUCAACGGGGACCCCACCAUGGAGCAGAAGGACAGGGACCACUGA